AAUAGUGUAAUAAACAGGGUGAGCUUGCUGGAGUAUAUUGUUUGGAUCCGCCCUUAAGUUAGACCUUUCAGUUUAAUCUGCCACUGAGCUUUGAUGCUUGUAGGAUUUUGCAUGCAGUCACGUUGUGUAUUUGUACAAAACCUAGUGAAGUUGGACAUAUGUGGUGUUAUAAUGUGAUUAAUGUGAGCAGGACGAGCAUUCCGAGUUUUCUUGAAGGUGCAUCACGUGUUUCUGUUCUCCACAAGGAAACAAACGAGGCGUCACUGGCAUGCGCCAUUUUGAGGGGCAGGGUCAAGCGAGUGCUUCAGACAGGGGAACAGCAGCAGCUUGUGGGUAAAAUGGCUUCGGAGCUGUGACAUUGGGUGCACUAUUACCAUCACAAAACGUAGCUUUACCACGUUAUUGCCCUCUCUUCCCCUUUAUUUAUGUCACGCUUUCCUUCCAAACAACUGGUUUAAUGGUGUUUUCUUUUCCACAUUCGGUUAUCAUAACAUUAACACGUUCAUAGUUUUAUCAGUGUCGGGCUGCAUUUGCAAGAUGGACGUUAUAAAUUUAUAAAUAUAAAAUAAAUUUGCCCGAGCCAUAUAUUUACGCCUUAAAAGUUUCAUAAACUCUGUACAGAGUUUUAUUUAUUUAUUUAUUUUAUUUUCUGAGGGUGCACUUUGUUUUGUUUUGGUUUGUUUUUUGAAUAUUUAUCGCCCAAGUCUGCCCCAUGUCAACUUGUAUGGACUUCGACUUUAUGAUACAAUUUUUUUUACUUAUAUUACAAGCCAAAAAAAAAAAAAACACCACUACCAAAAAAAAGUAAAAUAAUUCGCGUAAUAAUUUUAAUCAACUCGCAAGCAUUCUUAUUUGUACUUUUUAAUCCUGCAGAGUAAGUACAUUUCAGCGCUGCAAAAUGAGCGCAGCCGGACGCUUUAUCGUGCGACACUGGCCGGAACUGUAUCACUGCCCGGAAACGACCACUGUGAAACGAACAUAAGCGCCUACAGGAAGACGGGGACAUUAAAAAAAAUGACACAGUGGGGGAAAAUAUUUGGCUAAUACUACUGAUUAACGCAAAGGAGAAAUCCUACGAAGGACGUAUUCGAUUAAUACACGGUUAAGCGACCGAAACUAGGUCGCAGCGUAAAGCGAUCAGUUUGCAUUAGCCAGCUAACCGAGCGGAAAUUGGGUUUGGUUAACGGGGCGACAACAGAGCUCUCGGGCCAAUGGAGAGGCCUUUGAAACUGUUUUCGACGGGAGGAUGAGGAAAAAUGACCCGCUAACCUGAAAUCGGAAACCGCCUUUGUGUACAUUCCCUCAUUCUCUUCCGAGCUAACAAAACUGUGAGUAAGCGGAGUAAGAGCCCCGACACUGAGCACUUCAGCACAAGCACACGAGUGUGAAUGAGGUUGCUGACGGCAGACAGAGGCAAAAACUACUGGAUCAUAUCGCUGCUGUGUUCUUGGUCUUCCAACUUGGGACUUCAUCCCAUUCAGUGGAUGUUCUGGCAUUGCGUCGUUUGCUUUUUCACUGUGAUUUGAACUGAACUGCAAGGACAGCAUUUAAUAAGGAACACACAAAUGGGGACCAUUUCUUUAAAUGCCUGUGAGAUAAAUAAGUAAGAGAACAUUCCCUCGCCGCAACAAGGGAACGAGAAGGAACCAGAGGAGUGUCCCUCAACAGUGAGGGAAAUGUUCCAGUUCGGAAAGUACCCUAUGGACAUUUUAGAAAUGCUUAGUGGGCAUCAGGCUCAUCAGUUCAAAGGCCUAGGUUUUGAACGACAGCUGCAGCACCAACAGCAACUUCAACACCAGCAACAGCUUCAGCAGCAGCAACAACAGGGUGAGGCCUCUGGAGCUCUCCUCUCUGGGCUUGGCCUAGGUUCCCUUCAAGGAUCUAGAAGUAAUGCAUUUUCAGAUUCCUCGUCGAUUUUUGCCAAAAUGAGUGCACCACCUCCACCCAUCCCCCAGCAAACGCAGUCUUCUUCCUCACAAAGUUCUCGCAAAUCUAGCAAGAUGAGCAGCACUGGCAGUUCAGCUUCUGGAUACCCACAAUUUUUGCGUCCUUUUCACCCUGCAGAGGCUGCUCUAGCACAGGAGCAACUUCACUCAGGGAUGGGGCGGUUUGAUUUUGCAGGAGGUAGUAGUACUGGUGGUUCUGGAGUGAUUGGAGGAGUUGUAACAUCUGCUCCCCCACCACCACCACCACCCCUGCACCCUGGUCUCUCUGUGCCUCAACCAUCGCCUGGACCAUCUUCAUCAUCACCUUCUCCCUCCAGUUCGACCACCACCUCCAAUAACCCUGCUACCAGCAGCAGUACAGUAGCUGGACUGGUUGGGGCUCAGUCUGAGGCACGUAGUUUACACCAGCAAUUUAGUUGCAUGCUUGCAGCCAACCAAUACUUCCUUUCUGGAAUGCCUACCAAUGCUAGCCUUGAGCAGUUCCUAGUUCAGCAGGGUCCCCAUAAUCAUCUUGGUCUUACAGACUCAAACACAGGUCUAGCUCCUCCCCCAGCACUUCACCCCUCUCACACACAUGGCCACCCAACCCCUCAGCCUCAGCAGCAACAGCAGCAGCUACCACCACAUGCAUUGUCUCACCCACACAGCCAUGCCCAUCCACAUCACCCUCUUCAUCCUGCCCCUCAACCAUCGCCACUCAGUGGGUUUGAUUUUCAAGGCAUCCCUGUUCUUUCCUCCAAUCAGCUAGCUUCCCUAAUGCAACAGGAAGCUGGUCUUCCUCUCCCACUUCCACUUCAUCUCUCUGCCCCAAAGGAUGAUGGGAAAGGGGAUGGUACAUCUGUGGCUGGAGGAAGCGGAGGUAGUGGCAGCAGGAGAAAGAAAGCAAUGGCCGGAUACCUGCCCCAGAGGAAAACUGAUGGCAGUAGUGGUAGUAGUAGCAGUACUAACUGCCAUAGCAGCUCUGGGGCACAUGGCCAUGAUGGGUCUUCUGGCCUUGUUGGAGGAGGUGCAGGGGUUGGUAUGAGAGGUCUUGGUAGUGACCCCUCCUCAAUCCUCUCCUCUUCAACACCGUCCUCCUCCUCUUCUUCAACUGUCUCUUCCUCUGCCCCCUCCUCAAAUUCUGCCUCUGUGUUGGUAACAAAUGUUUCACAGAUACCCAAAUCUGAUAAUCAGUCCGCAAUGACUCCCACUGUUACUCAGCCUGAGCCUUAUCACUGUGGUGAGUGUGGCAAAUCUUUCACACACCUCCCUAGUCUCCGUAGACACAUACGUAGCCACGCAGAAGGGGGUAAUGGUCCCAAUAGCAGCGUUAACACAACUCCAAAUACGGUGCAUCAACAUCAGACAGACACAAGUCUCCCUCACUCAACACAAGAUGGCAUAUCUCAGCAAAAUGCCCAUCAUCAACAUGAACCAAAUCAGUCCAAUCCAGAUCCUUCCUCUUCAUGUCCAAGUCCAGAUAAGACAUACUGUUGCAGUGAAUGUGGGAAAGGUUUUAAGAAACGAGGGCAUCUCCUUCAGCAUGGUGUUAUACAUUCUGGUGCGCGACCAUAUGCUUGCUCUACCUGUGAGAGAUCUUUUAACCGGCGUGAAUCUCUUACUCGACAUGAGAAAAUUCAUGAGGAUAAACCUUACCGCUGUCCAGCUUGUGAUCGCUGCUUUAGAGAGAGUACCUCUUUGCUUAACCAUGCUGCCUCUGGCUCAUGUGGCAAACCAGGUAGGGGAUCAAGUUCGAGAAGCAGUGAUGGCAGUUCAGUGAGUUCCGAAGACAAGGUGGAAGGUAGUGAAUACCAAGGUGGACAAAUAGGAGAUGAAAAAGAAUUGGGUUACGAGAAAGCUGAGGGAGGUGCGACAGAGAUGUCCUGUGAUGGCCUGUAUCCACAGGGGAGAGGAGGGAAUCCAAAUACUGGUGACAAACCAGAAGGGAAAUAUAAUUCGGCAUAUUCAAGAGAUCCCUACCAAACAUCCUAUAGAGUUGACGAUUAUCGUCGACCACAGGGUACGCUGACCUCAUACUCUGGAGAUGGCUCUUGUACUAACAGCAUGUCAGGCCCUGCCCUCAGAAAAGCCCCCCUAGCUCCAACACUUCACCCACACCCUCCAAAUCAGCAACAGCAUCACCAUCACCAACAGCAGCCACAUCUUCCUCUUUCUUCUCUUCUAGAUGACUCAGAAGAUGAAGUUACCAGCAGUGCCAUGUCUGCGAUAGCUGCAGCUGCUGCUGCCUCUGUCUUGCCUGAAAUAAACAACAGUGGGGGAAGAGAGGAACGAAGAGAUAUAAUUGGAGGUUUGUUAGGGGGUCUUGGUUUUGCGUCUUUGGGUGGCCCAUCUUCUACAUCUGCAGGAAAUGGGGGAAAUGACGAGUGUUUGAAUGGAUCCAUGAUGCCUUUGUCUCAUCCUGCUCAGCAGCAGCAGCAGCAGCAGCAGCCUAAUUCACAAAAUGCCACAUCUAAUGCCAAACCGAAGCGGCCAAGGAAGCCCAGACAAAAGAGGGAACCUAGGCCUGGUGGUAUCUCUGGAGAGGGUGUAAAGCGUAGGCGGAAUAACCAGAAUGGGGCUCGUGGGGAUGGAGCAGAAAGGCCUUAUUUAUGCACUGUUUGUGGGCGUGGCUUUGGCAGACGCGAGACCCUCCGCCGGCAUGAGCGUGUUCAUACAGGAGAAAAGCCAUUCCAUUGUGAUGUUUGUGGCAAAGAUUUUCGAGAGCCUUUCCAUCUUACUAAACAUCAGACUGUUCAUUCAGGAGAGAAGAACUACAAAUGCUCCCUUUGCGGAAAAGAUUUUGGGUAUGCACAAAGUCUGAAAAGACAUGAAAAGCUGCACCUCAGAGGGGAUUUCAAACCAAGACGGAGUAAAACCAAGUCUUCGGCAAAUCAAGGAGGAACAGUUCCUCAAGAUGGCAGUCAGACAGCCCCUGGAUCAUAUUACCCUUAUUCUCAAAAUAAAGCUCAAGGAUCCAAUGCUAGCACAUCCAACCAGCCCCCUCCUAAGCUUUAUACGUGUGAAAUUUGCUGGAAGUCAUUUCGCCAUCACUUCCAUUUGACUGCUCAUCACCAAGCCAUUCAUGAACAUGGUGGGGAGAAACUGUUUUCAUGUGAGGUGUGUGGAAAAGCCUUUGCUUACUCCAACAGUCUGACGAGACAUCGCUUAUCUCAGCAUGGUUUAGCACGCGCUGGACCAACCACCCAGCCAACAGGAAGUGGGUCUGGUGGAAAUGCAUCAUCCUUAACAGAAAGUGAGGCUGCCACUAAUGUUCUCCUUAGUCUGGCUCCUGACAAUGGAAGUCAUGGUGUGCAGCAAACACAUUCAAACAUUGCUCAUACACAGCAUCUUCACCCUCAGCAACCUGCUGGCUAUUCCCCACUCUUCUACACACCAGAGUCAGGUCCUCAUAGUUCGAAUACCAAUGCCCCGUCCCACCCUCAACACCCUCACUACUCACACUCCUCUAUAGGGCCCCUUUCCCAUCAGCAGCCUGUAAGCGGGAAGGCACAACAGAUUUAUCAAGGGAUUACAGGAAACCCCAUUCAUUCUGCUCCCUCUCAUAUCCACAUUUCAUCCUCUCCACUCCACAUUUCUCAGUACCACCACCAGCAGCACUCUUUUCAAAUGCAGCCCCAGCAUCUACAUCAUCAACUUGUACAGGCGCAUGGAGAUGUUGCCCAGAAAAAGAAAAAAAAAAAGAAAAAAAUUAGAUUCGUUGGUGGGGGGCAGCUGUUUGGCGGGUUCACUGAAUUUGAGACCGCAAGAUGGCGUAGAUUUUUGCAGAGGAAAAAAAGCAGGCUUCAGCAGCAACUUAAACGGAAAAGGUGGAUAGCCCAGUUAAAGUGGGCCAAGUAUACAGGAGGAAUUGGGAUUAAUUUAGGGGUUGGUACAUGGCGUGUGGGUGGGCUGAAAUUGAGAGGUUUGAGGUCUUUGAUGGUUCCCUUAAGGUUCUUUACAUGCCCUAUCUGUCCGUCCACCACCUUUACACGACGGAUAACCCAUUCGGUUCACCGUGUGAUAAGGCACCCCCCAAGGAAACAUGGCUGUCGGGCUCGCCUGCGUUGUAUAGUCUGUGGUAAGCGCUCUCGAAGGCUCCUCUCAGCUCUUCGCCAUCGGGCUCGGCACCUUUCCCAAGGAUCUUUCUCUUGCCCCCAAUGCCCCUCACGGUUCUGGAAUGCUGCCCUGCUACAGAGGCAUAAAUUUGCCUGUAGACGAGUUGGUGGAGGACGAAAAACACCAAAGGGGACUUAUUCUCAGAAAGGAGAGUAUUAUAUGGAAAGAUCAGGUGGCAUUGCAGAGUACAGGCACUAAGUAUUUUUCACUCUGAAGAAAAUAUGACCGUCAAAACUGAUGAGUUUUAAAAACCCUAGAGACCCCUAAUGCACAGUGGAAUUUCUGCUUUGAAUCCACUACAUAUUUACAGUCACACACUCAUUAUACAGAUGGUCUCUGGUUUCAGCCAAGGGAGUGCCUCUUAUAACAACAUGAACAUUAAGCCUGUAUCUAAAAAAGAAAAGACAAAACACACAUCCAUUAAGGACAUGGAUCUGAAACAUGGUUUCUCCAAAGGGGAAGAAUAUUUUAGAUUAUGGGACUAUUUGGUAGCACCUUUGUUGUUAUAGUAGCAUCUCUAUCCUCUAAAAACACAUUCAUUACGUAUUUUCGUAACUUUUUUUUGUGCUGCGAUAAUGAAUGCAAACGAGUAAGAGUGAACUAAUCUCAACGGUAACAUAUUUUUUUUUUUUUCCUCUAAGUGACUUUCCCCUUAUUACUUAAAAUUUUGGACAGUAUACUCUUUUAUUUUCAAAUAUAUGUAACUUUCUGUUUCUUGUGGCCUGUGCCCUACCCCCAGUAGUCUUGUGUUUAUAGAAAUGCUUGUCCGGGGACUAAUGUUGCUGGUUGGGAAGUUGUUGAACAUAAUUGUUUUAUUCUCUAAGGACAAAUGUACUAAGACACUUAGGUUUUCAAACCUUAACAUUGAAAACUAAUACUCAUUCUUGCCUCAAAACUUUCAAAUCAUGUGAAAAUUGUUGCAUUGGGUGGGGGCACCAUAGCUCAAUAGAUGCCAUGUUUAAUGUCACCUGUUUUUUAAGAAAUAUGUAAUUUUGUAGGUAUUUCUAUGACAAGUGUUAUAUCUUUGGUUGUGAUGGACUGGUGUGAGUAAGAGUGGAGAAACCAGUCCGUACUGUAAAAUGCGUAUUAUAUUUUAUGUAUCAAUUGUUUUUGUUGCUUUUUUAUUCUUCAGAGUGCAAGUUUUUUAAUCAUUUGUACUAUUUGUGGUUGGGCGUGUGUAUGUUUUAAGAUGAGGGGAAUAUAUGUAUCAAUGUGAUUUUUUUUUUUUUUUUUUCCUUUUUAUCCCCCCCCCCUCUCCUUGUCUAAUCUAAACAAUUAUAGCACAGGUCCCAAACACUAUUGUAUACAUUUCAAUACUUUGCUUAGCUCCUCUGUCCCAGUGUAAUCUCAGUAAACUAAAAUAUGGCAUAUAAAUACUAAACUAUCGUUUUUCUGUUUUCUGCAACAGCAAAAAAUAGUAAAUCGCACCAAAAACCAAUAAAAAAAACCUGAAAGUCA